GAUAGCUUUCAAAUGAUUUGUUUACUUCAGUCAUUCGUUAAAUUUCGAAAUAUAUCAUAAAAACAACGUAAUUUGGUUUGAGAUGCAGAUUUCUGGAACGAAAUGAUGUUUAAUGUUGGUAUCAGAAGACUGUUUAUUACUUCAUAUAGUAUUACGUUUGUAUCAUGUGGUGUAGAACAAGACAACGAUGUAACGAAUUUAAGUGACUCAAAUGGAGUAAAUUUGAUUAUUUUGGGUGCUGUUUGUCUUGCCUUCCUCGUAGUCUUAGUGUUGGCAGUUUUCUCAUGUGGUGGAUGUGAAGAUAUGAGUGGAGACGUGGCCUCCGAAAGCCACCCAGCAUGUGGCAAACAAAGUAACAAUUACAGUACAGUAGUGACGGAUGCGAACACUUCCGUACUUAUGUCGUCCCAUACUAUGGGCGAUAGUUCAAAUGGUUCAAUUAUUCCACCACAGAACUUACCUUAUUCUUUACACCCAUCAUCUACCCAAGGAUUCACGGGAUACCAGAGUAGUAGCACUACGGCAUCAGCACCACAGAAUGAGCCGCCUCCUCCUUCAUAUGAACAAGCCAAUAGACAAAGUGGUCUUGCUGGUUAUGGUUAUUGAAAAUGGAUGAAUAUUUGAUCUGUGAAAUUAUUUAACUGUGAUAAUUGGUUAUACAUUUUUAUUCAGACGUGUUUAUAGAUGAAUCUAUGACAUAUAUGACACAUACAUGUAUUUAUGUUAAAGUAAUUUUGUCCCUGCUAGACUUAAUUAGUCCUAUAAAUAAUUCUUAUUCAAUUUUUAACGUUUUUAUACUGAUAUUUUUUUUGUGGCACAUAAAUUGUAAAUAAGAAAUAAAAAUAUUUUUUUUGUGGCAUAUUGAUAGUAAAUAAGAAAUAAAAUACAAAAAAAAUUUAGUAAAAUAUUAAAAGUUAAAAAACAACAUUAGAAAUAAAAAGAAAUAGAAAAUUAUGCCCCGGCUAUCAUAUGUUAUAGGACUAUACUGGACUGUAAAAAAGCAAACACAUAAACAUAUUUCGUGAAUGAUUGAUAGAAUGAAUUUUGUUUCCUGUUGUGAAAAGGAAAAUAUAUAUAGUUUAGAAAAGAUAUAUAGGUUAGAAAAUAUAAAAGUUAGAAAAUUGAUAUAAUUUGAUAUUCCAUAAGUUAUAACUACAAAUCCUAAUGAGGCAGGAUUAGGUGCAAGAUGAGAAGAUAUGAUAUCAUUUGUCUUCCUACAUCAUCAUGAUCACUCACAUUACCCAUCCAAAAUAUCCCUUCUUAAUUGUUUAUGUAAAAAUGGGGAUUUAUUUCACCUACAUGUAACUGAUUCAGUUGUUACAAUACAUAUAAUGUCUUUACCUCUAUGGUUUGUUGAUUUACAUGACAAUGUAGUGUGUUAUGUCCUCAUUUUUCUGUGUAACACCGCAAUUUUAAGCUGUGUUUUACAAUUAUAAACGUCAAAUGAGAUUUUUUUUUAUAUUUGCUGAGUCAUAAUAAGUUAUACUUUUGUAGUAUAUACCCUCCUAUUAUUUAUUUAUAUAUGAAAUAAAUGAAUUAAGCAGAA